AUGUCGUCACCACCGAGGUCUCCUGCCGACGAGUCCAAUGGCUCAGACCAUUCAGAAGAGGGUGAUGAACAGGUUGGUGGCGAUGACACAAUAACAAUAUCAGACGUGGAACGACCGGCUCAACCUGAGGAGCAAGUGUCAGAACCACAAGACAACCAUCACUACAGCAGCACCUCGUCUCCCAGUCCACCCCCCGCUGAAAUACCCCCUUUCGACUGGGAAGAUUUUGAGACGAGGUAUAGCAAAGCAUUGCAAGAGGCCGACGAGGACGAAAGAGCGAUUCUCAAAGAAGCCGAAGCUCUAUCUAAGUAUUUUCGAGUAUGGGCCUCAGCAGCUUCAGCGCACGAUGAUGAUCGUGCUAUCAAGCGGUUGCGCACGCGGCAGCGAUUUGUAAAUUUGGCAGAAGAAAAAAUGGCACAAAAGCAAAAGCACUAUGAGGAGGUAGUUCGCGCUUUUGAGAGUGCUCUCGCGCUCCUCAAGUCAAGCUGA